GUGAUGACGCUACCUAUACUCCAUCAAUGGGGCUCUCCAAGCUGUGAAACUACGAGCACUGCAUUAGACAUGUAUUAAUAAUAUCUUUCGGUAUUUCGCAAAAAGGGUUUGCUGUUCACUGAAAUUGCCUGACCGUUCUCAAUAAGUCAUCAAAAUGAUGCGCUUUAUGCUUCUGUUCAGCCGGCAGGGGAAGCUGCGGCUCCAGAAAUGGUACACUGCUACAGCUGAGCGUGACAAGAAGAAGAUGGUUAGAGAGCUCAUGCAGGUGGUGCUGGCCAGAAAACCCAAAAUGUGCAGCUUCUUGGAGUGGAGGGAUCUUAAGAUAGUCUACAAGAGGUAUGCCAGCCUAUAUUUCUGUUGUGCAGUGGAGGAGCAGGACAAUGAGCUGAUUACCCUGGAGGUCAUCCAUCGCUUUGUGGAGCUGCUGGAUAAGUACUUCGGCAGUGUUUGCGAACUUGACAUCAUUUUUAACUUUGAGAAAGCUUACUUUAUCCUGGACGAGUUUCUAAUGGGGGGAGAAAUUCAGGACACAUCCAAGAAGAGUGUGCUCAAGGCCAUCGAACAGGCCGACCUUCUACAAGAGGAGGAUGAGUCACCCAGGAGUGUCCUAGAGGAGAUGGGGCUGGCCUAGUACUAGUUUCCAGUGCAGUCAAGACAGAUGAAUUUCGGUACUACCAAGACAAAUGGGCUUAUGUAAAAGGGAGUUGGGAAAAUGAGUCCAAAAGGGCUGGCAGAGGAGAUGAAAAUAAGGGGAAAAAGGGGUAGGUGGGGUUAAUUUCGGUACUACUGAGACCAGCAUGUGAUUGUAUUUCUAUCCCAACCUGUUCUUUUCUUAAGAGACACUGAAGCAUCACAGAUAGACACUUGAAUUUAGCAAACAGAGAUAUAUUUGGAAAAAGAAGUUUUGAUUGUACAUUGAGCUUUGCCAUUUUAACAACAGGUUAAAGAAUCUCAACUUUUAGUUUAAGAAAAAUAAAUUUGUUGCAUUGAUCAAGUCGCCUGCUUUUUAAAAGUA